AUGGUUGCAACAGGGGUUGGGGCUAAUAAUGGUGUGCUGAUAAAAGGAGGAGAUGCUUUGGAAAGGGCUCAAAAUAUUAAGUAUAUGAUAUUUGAUAAAACAGGAACCCUAACCCAGGGAAAGGCCACAGUUACAACAGCAAAAGUUUUUACAGGAAUGGAUCGUGGAGAAUUUCUUAGAUUCGUGGCCUCUGCAGAAGCUAGCAGUGAACACCCGUUGGCAAAAGCAAUAAUGGAAUAUGCACGCCAUUUUCAUUUCUUUGAUGAACCUUCUGCAACCAAGGAUUCUCCAAAACAUAACAAAAAGACCAAUUCCAGAUGGCUUUUUGAUGUCUUGGAAUUCUCUGCUCUGCCAGGAAAAGGUGUCCAGUGCUUUAUAGAUGAAAAACUUCUUUUGGUUGGUAAUCGGAAACUGAUGACUGAAAGUGGAAUCACUAUUCCAAUCCAUGUUGAAGAUUUUAAAGUAGAGCUUGAAGAAAGUGCCAAGACUGGCAUACUUGUUGCAUAUGACUAUAGCUUAAUUGGUGUUUUGGGAGUUGCAGAUCCACGAAAGAGAGAAGCUGCUGUGGUUGUAGAGGGCCUUAAGAAAAUGAAUGUCAUGCCGAUCAUGGUUACAGGGGACAAUUGGAAAACAGCUAGGGCUGUUGCUAGGGAAGUUGGCAUCCAAGAUGUAAUGGCAGAGGUAAUGCCGGCGGGAAAAGCUGAUGUUGUCCUAAGCGUAGUUGCAAUGGUGGGUGAUGGAAUCAACGACUCCCCCGCGCUAGCUGCUUCUGAUGAUGGUAUGGCAAUUGGCGCUGGGACAGAUAUUGCAAUAGAAGCUGCUGAUUGUGUAUUGAUGAGAAAUAACUUGGAAGAUGUAAUCACAGCCAUUGAUCUCUCAAGGAAGACCUUUACACGUAUACGAUUGAAUUAUGUGUUUGCCAUGGCCUACAAUGUGGUUGCAAUCCCCAUAGCUGCUGGGGUUUUAUAUCCUUCUCUUGGGAUGAUCAUGUUACCACCAUGGGCAGCUGGUGCAUGUAUGGCUCUCUCAUCUGUUACUAAGGCUGAUACCAUGAUCGACGAACCAAGCAAGCUUCUUGUGAGCUAA